AUGUCUUCAAACACCAACACCAACUCUUCCAACAACACCGGCGAGCCCAACAAGACUACUGGGCAAUACCACUCGUUGAAGGGAACUGUGGUCGAGACCAUCGGAGACCUCACUGGUGCCACGUCCUGGUCACAAUCAGGCAAAGAGGAGCAUGCACAGGGCGAGACCGAGUACAACGCCGCCCAGGCGAAACAGUACGCCGAGGGAACCGCCGAUCGCUUAGCGGGAAAGGCGGAUGCUGUUCUCGGUGCCAUCUCCGGCGAUCGCCAGCAAGAGCUAUCAGGCAAUGCUCAGCACGACAAGGGCCAAGCUCAGCAGGAAAUAAACAAGCCCGCUGUCUAA